UCAGCCCGCGCUUUUCCCCACCCACCGGCCGCCUGGCCGCCGCCUACGAUUCCGGCCAUACGAGCUGUCGGGAUCACGCCUGCAGGCCGCCGCACGCCCGAGAUUGUCCUCCACCACUUCCUCGUACCGUGGCCGGUCGGAAAGUUGCAGAUCAGGGUUGGUUGUCCCGGCUGCCGGAUUUGGCGGUUCCGGCCACCGGUGGCUGCGCCAAGCCAUGGAUUGGUCAGGGAGCACCCGCACAGCCCCGGCAAAGCCCCAGAGCCGCAUGCAGGUACUGGUUCGUCCUCUAGCCGCCGCCGUCGGUUUGCCGGCAAGGGCUCGGCCGACCAUCGCCCGGGCUCGGCGCUCACGCAGCGGCUCGCCGGUGCCGCUCAUACAGUGCGACGACUGCACGCAGACAGUACUGCGGCUAACAUCUAGCACUCCGAAACACCCCGGAUGGGUAUUCUUCAAAUGCGAAAACGACGAGGAAGAUGGAUGCUCAUUUUGGUUUUGGGAAGAAAAAUACAUCGACUUAUUGAUAGAAAGAAACUUAAUAGAUGUUCGUGCACUCGUUGCUAGAAUUGAGGCUAAUGAUGCGGCUACAUGUGCAAUUAGAGAAGAAACUAGAGGGGAAGCAACGUCUACUUCUUUAGAGUCAAAGAAGAAGAAUGAAGAAUGCAAGAUCAAGAAUCCGCAGAUCAACAAUGGAUGCAUGGAGAAGAUGUUGGUCCAACUAGUAGGAGCAGUUAUGGAAGUUGGAUAUCUUCUAAAAUGCCUAAUUGUGGUUCUUGUUUUUUUGGUCUUACUAUUCUAGCAAAGAUUUGGUGAAUUAUGAUGUAUCCAAUGCCCUUGUAGAAAAUAAAGAAGCAAAGAAAUAUG